GCGCGAAGCGAUGGCGACGGUGGUCUCAUCGGCGGUGGCGGCGGCGCUCGAGGCGGCCUUCAACAGCCCGCCGUUCGAGCCGCCACCAGGCUUGUGGCAAGAGAUGCCAGCGCAGCCGCCGCGCCCGCCCCCCACGGAGGCGCCGCGGCCCAAGGCGCGGGCUCGGCCGAGUUCGACACCGCCAGUGGAGCCCCCCUGGCUAGCGCUGGAGGACGGCCAGGUGAACGAACCCCAGGGCAAGGAGGGCGACCAGGGCGGCGUGCUCCAGCGCAGGAACCGCUGGACGCGGGGGCCCACUCCAUCGACGGCGCCAUCGGCGGCUACUCCGAGCCCCAGCUCGCCAAGGCCGUCGGCUCGCCAGGUGUUCUUCGACGCGCUGGAGGCGCACAAGGAGGAGGCCGAAUGGGAGGAGCUCCGCCAGCUUCGCAAGCACCGCGAGAUCCGCGAGCAGCGCAAGGCGGAGAAGGAGGCCCGCAAGAAGGAGAAGAAGGCGGCGGUCGCGCAGCCCGCGCCGCUGAAGAGCCCCACGGCGCAGGAGGCCGGGAUGCCCAAGCUGGUCAUGAUGUACUCCCUGGACGCCCAGGACAUCGAGGAGGAAUGGUUGAAUGGAGUCAACAUGUGGUACCUCGAUCUGGACGACUUCGACACGAAGCAUGAGGAGCCUGCCGUGAUGGAUGUGGGCGCGCAGCAGCUGGUCACCAUCGACGAGCAGGAGAGCCUCAACACGGACUACCAGAUGCCUGGCGUGGCGGAUGCGGCCGCAGAGAAGCUGGACACCGCCGGCGCUGAGACGAUCGUCGAGAUCGCGGGCAGUAAUCACAAUGACAUCUACGUGGGCAUGAGGGGGCUGCAGGACCAGCGACUGAACCCGCUGGGCAGUGCAGCGGCUCCCGACGACGAGAAGCUUGUCGUAACGGCGGAGGGCUCGAAGCAGCAGGACUCCGUCAACGUGCAGAUGAGCUCCAACAUGGACAUGGGCGUGAGUGGGCGGAAGGACCAGCGGCCGAAGCCGCUGGAUGGAUCUGCGACUCAGGAUGACGAUACGUUCAAGGCGGUGCUGCAGCAGAACGCCGAGGCCUUCUCCAAGGUGGAGCUGGUAUGGGCGCAGCGUGCAGCAGUGGCGAGGCUCAAGACCGACACCAUCGACAAGGUCCUACAUGCGCCUGGUGGUGGUGGCGGCCCUGGCCAUGGUCUUCGUGAUCCACGCCCGAGGGCCUCAUACCUCGAAGUGGCGGUCGGCACGGAGGCCUACAAGGACAUCAAAGAGCUGGAGGACGUAAAGCUCAGGUUGGAGAGCAACGGCCUCAAGCUGUGUGACGAGAGCCUGAAGGCGCUCGCGAAAUACUUCAAGGACGGCGGCUGCUGGAACACCUUCCUCGAGUGGGCCGCGGCGAUGCGCGAGGGCGCUG